AUGGACUCUCUCUUCGCACAGAUCGAGGCGCUCGCCGUGCAGGCAGACACUGCUGGGCGGCACAAGGUCCUUGACCUCCUGCGCAGUCUCCAGCUGAAGCUGGAGACACCGCACGACACGCUCUCGCGUUUAUCUGGGCUGCAUCUUGAGAUCACCGCAGCUCGAAUUGCACAGGACCUCGAAAUCUUCCAGGCCCUGGCAGAGGCCAAGAGCCCUAUGACCGCCGCAGAGUUGGCCGCGAAGAAGAACGCAUCGCCCUUGUUACUCGCAUCAGUCGGUAUGAUUCGAGAAUCCGGCCCGGACUCCUUCACGGCCAGUGAGAUCACCCUCACGCUGGCUCAGCCCGGCUACCGCGGGGGCGUGUACCACUUCUUCGACAACUGCGGCCCCGUCUUCCAGGCGUUGUCCUCCUUCCUCGCGGAGACCAAGUACCAGGACGUCACCGAUGCCGCCCACACGGCCUUCCAAAAGGCGUUCCCCACGGACCUGCCCGCUUUUAUGUGGUUGCCGACACAGCCUGAGCGGUUUGGUCCCCUGCAGCAGGCCAUGACUGUGCAGGGUGCUGUCGGCACUCCGUGGUUUACGGUCUUCCCGUUCGGAAAGGAGGUCGGCGACUUCGGGGGCGAGCACGUAUUUGUCGACGUCGGUGGUGGCUUUGGGCACCAGUCUGCAGCACUGUUGGGCGCUUUCCCACACCUAAAGGGGAAACUCGUACUACAAGAUCUGCCGCAGACGCUGGAGCAUCUUCCUCCUGGUGUUGUGAUCCCCGACGGUAUCCAGAAGCUGCCACACGACUUCUUCACGGAGCAGCCGAUCAAGGGCGCACGCUUCUAUUACUUGCGCCAGAUUAUUCACGACUGGCCUGACGACAAAUGCGUUGAGAUUCUGAAGCAUCUGGUCGCAGCGUCGGGACCGGAGUCACAGAUCUUGAUCGAUGACAUGGUCUUGCCCGAUUCUGGGGUGCCUUGGGAGGCCGCCACGGUGGACCUCACCAUCAUGGCUUCACUUGGGUCGCGGGAGCGAACACUCAAGGAGUGGUACGCCCUGCUUGACCAGGCGGGUCUCAAGGCUCUCCAUGUUUACACGUAUCAACCACGACGACAAGACUCCAUUAUUCAAGCUGUUCCAAAAUAG